AUGCUUCCUCCUACUCGGGUCCGAAUGCCGGCUCUCCGGGGUCUGGCCAAAUUGCCAGUCCGGACUCUCACAACCACCCUUCCCCUCCGCCAAAAAGACGAUGUCGUCCUUAAUAAGGUCUCGCGCAACAUCACACAGCCCAUCUCCCAGGGUGCCUCGCAGGCGAUGCUGUACGCAGUCGGCCUCCAGGAGGAGGACAUGAACAAGGCGCAGGUGGGCAUCUCGUCGGUGUGGUUCAAUGGCAACCCCUGCAACAUGCACCUGCUGGACUUGAACAACAAGGUUCGCGAGGGUGUGCAGGACUCCGGCAUGGUGGGCUUCCAGUUCAACACCGUCGGUGUCAGUGACGCCAUCAGUAUGGGAACCAAGGGCAUGCGCUACUCUCUGCAGAGUCGAGAUCUCAUCGCCGACUCCGUCGAGACUGUCAUGGGUGGGCAGUGGUACGAUGCCAACAUCAGCAUUCCUGGCUGUGACAAGAACAUGCCCGGUGUGCUCAUGGCGAUGGGCCGGGUCAACCGCCCGAGUCUGAUGGUCUAUGGUGGCAGCAUCAAGCCUGGCUGUGCCGCGACGCAGAACAAUGCCGAUAUCGAUAUCAUUUCCGCUUUCCAGGCCUACGGCCAGUUCAUUACCAAGGAGAUCACCGAGCCCCAGCGCUUCGAUGUCAUCCGUCAUGCCUGUCCCGGCGAGGGUGCCUGCGGUGGCAUGUACACUGCCAACACCAUGGCCUCGGCUAUUGAGACCAUGGGUAUGACCCUGCCUGGAUCCUCGUCUAACCCGGCCAACUCGCAGGCCAAGUACCUGGAGUGCCUGGCGGCUGGUGGCGCGAUCAAGAAGCUGCUUGCCGAGGACAUUCGCCCGAGCGACAUCCUGACUCGCCAGGCGUUUGAGAACGCCAUGGUAGUGGUGAACAUUACUGGUGGCUCGACUAACGCAGUGCUACAUUUGAUCGCCAUCGCCGACUCCGUUGGUAUCAAGCUUGACAUCGAGGACUUCCAAUCCGUCUCGGACCGCAUCCCCUUCCUGGCUGACCUGAAGCCCUCGGGCAAGUAUGUCAUGGCCGACCUGCACGAAAUUGGUGGUACCCCGGCUCUGCUGAAGCUUCUGCUUCGCGAGGGGUUGAUUGAUGGCUCGGGUAUGACCGUCACCGGUGAAACCCUGGCCAAGAACCUGGAGAAGCUGCCCGACUUUGACGCCGACCAGAAGAUCAUCCGCCCAUUCUCCGACCCCAUCAAGAAGACCGGUCACAUUCAGAUCCUGCGUGGCUCCCUGGCCCCGGGCGGCAGUGUUGGCAAGAUCACCGGUAAGGAGGGCACCGCCUUCACGGGCAAGGCUCGCGUGUUUGAUGAUGAGGACGACUUUGUCGCCGCGCUGGAGCGCAACGAGAUUAAGAAGGAUGAGAAGACCGUGGUAGUGAUCCGCUACACCGGUCCCAAGGGUGGACCUGGCAUGCCUGAAAUGCUCAAGCCUUCUUCCGCCCUCAUGGGCGCUGGCCUUGGCUCCUCAUGUGCGCUGAUCACUGACGGCCGUUUCUCUGGUGGCUCUCACGGCUUCUUGAUCGGUCACAUUGUUCCUGAGGCCGCUGUCGGUGGCCCCAUUGGUCUGGUUCAGGACGGCGAUGUCAUCACCAUUGAUGCCGAGCGACGUGUGCUCGACCUUGAGGUUGCUGAUGCUGAACUGGCGGUGCGAAGAAAGGACUGGGAGGCCCGCAAGGCGGCUGGCAAGCUGCCUCCGACCGGUCUGACCAUGAGAGGCACUCUGGGCAAAUACGCCAGAAACGUCAAGGAUGCCAGUGAGGGCUGUAUCACUGAUGCUGUAGAGUAA